UUUGGAGAGAGGCGGCGGCCGCUUUGGACUCACCCGCAGCCGGCGCAGAGAUGGGAUUGAGCCUCGGUGGAAAUAGACCCAACUUUGUCCGAGUAACAUGCGAGAAAAUGCGGAACAUUAUUUCGCACCAACUCAAGAAAACAGCCGAGUUGUGAGUGGAAAACCGUCGCAGGAGGCAUCAUGGCAAACGUUAAAGUUGCCAUACGAGUCCGUCCCCUCAACUCAAGGGAGAGCGCGGAUGGAGGAAGGUUAGCCGUUGAGGUGGAGGAUAAAUAUGCGAGGAUCCGAAACGUGAAGUUGGACGGACGCACAGAAGGAGCUGUGGAUUCCAGGGAGAAGCUUCUGGAGUUUUGUUUUGACUACUGCUACUGGUCGGUGGACGCUGCAGACCCUCACUAUGCCUCGCAGGAGGAGGUGUUCCAGGACCUGGGUGUGUCGGUGCUGUCCGGAGCAUCUGAGGGCUACAACGUGUGUUUGUUUGCUUACGGCCAAACUGGAUCUGGAAAGACGUACACCAUGAUGGGGACGCCGGACUCCAUUGGCUUGACUCCUCGUAUUUGUCAGGGGCUCUUUCGGUCUGAGGACACUUUUCCCGACGGGCAGAACUCAAGCAGAGUAGAGAUCAGCUUCUUGGAGAUUUAUAAUGAGCGUGUGAGAGAUCUGCUCAGAGGAGGAGGAGGAGGAGGAGGAGGAGGAGGAGGAGAGCAGAAGAAGCGAGCCUCCCUGAGAGUCAGAGAACAUCCCGAGAAGGGACCAUAUGUACAAGACCUGUCGCAGCAUGUGGUGUCAGACUGCAAACAGGCCAUGGACCUUCUGGAGGAAGGCAUCGCCAACCGCAUCACCGCAGCAACGCACAACCACGAUGCCAGCAGCAGGUCCCAUGCCAUCUUUACCAUUCAGUACACGCAGGCCACCCUGGAAAAUAACCUUCCUUCAGAAACCGUCAGCAAGAUUAACCUGGUGGACUUGGCUGGAAGCGAAAGAGCAGAUCCCCACUACUGCAGGGACAGACUGACCGAGGGCUCCAACAUCAACAAGUCCUUGGUUACUUUGGGCAUUGUCAUUUCUGCUCUUGCCCAGAACUCCCAGAUGUCGAGCAGCUGCCAGAGCAUCAACAGCGUGGCCUCUGAGGGCGACGGCAGCACGGUGGGCAGCCACAGCAGCUCCCUGUCUGGAGGAGGAGGAGGAGGAGGAGGAGGAGGAGGAGGAGGUGGAAGGAGGCACUGCUUCAUUCCCUACAGAGACUCGGUCCUGACCUGGCUUUUGAAAGACAGUCUGGGUGGCAACUCCAAGACCAUCAUGAUUGCGACCGUGUCUCCCUCCGCUAACAGCUACAACGAGACCCUGAGCACCCUGCGCUACGCCGCCCAUGCCAGGAACAUUGUCAACAAGCCACGGGUUAACGAGGACGCCCACGUUCGACUGAUCAGGGAACUGAGAGAGGAGAUUGACAGGCUGAAGAGCAUGCUGCUCAGCUUUGAAAUGCAGCGUAAUCCCAGUCCAUCCUUGAGUGAUGAGAGGGAAGGAAAUCUUUCAGAAAUCGUGCUGCAGAAUGAACUAAAGGUGGAGCAGCUGACAAAGGACUGGUCUGAGAGCUGGAGAGACAAGAAGGAGCUGCUGGAGCAGUACGGUGUGGACAUCAACAGGGACCAGGCCGGUUUCCUCAUCAACUCCCUGCAGCCACACCUGGUCGCUCUGGAUGGAGAUGUUCUCAGCACCGGAGUCGUCUUUUAUCACCUCAGGGAAGGAGUCACCUGCAUUGGACCUCAAUUUAAAGAACCACAAAUAGUCCUGCAGGGCAGCGCCAGCUGUGAGAUUGAAAACCGCGGGGGUGUGGUAACGCUCAGACCGCUGCCGGGCUGCGUCUGCCUGCUCAACGACAGAGAGGUCUCCGAGCCCUGCAGGCUGGCUCAAGGAACAGUGAUUACCUUGGGAGGAGUGCAUAAGUUUCGCUUCAACCACCCAGCGGAGGCGGCCGUCCUCAGGGAACGCAGGCGGGCCACUGAAGGUAGCACGACCUGCACCUACAUCGACCUUUGCCCCUUGACCCCAGAUGACAGUGCUGAAGACGUUAAGCUCCCCGAGCAGCUGGGUGUCUGUCUCUCUCCCGACGAGGAGCCCACUGCCAGACAGCGUGUGGAGGAGCAGAAGCGCUACGUGGAGAGUUUGCGACAGGAGAUUAAUGCCGAACAGAGACGAGCGGAGAGAGAGCUGGAAGGGGAGCAGGCCCUGCUCCGACAACAGCACACUGACAUUCAGCAGUGGAUUUUGCAGGAGAAACAUCGCCUGACGACCGUAGAGCAGAGAAUCACCCAAGACUCUGGGGUUCAAGCGGACCUCCUCCCUGCACCCCUCCUGGAGAGGCUAACAAGUCAGCUGUCCAGGGAUAAGAAGGAGCCUACACUUGAUUGUCCUCCCCAGGUGGUAAGGGUCAGAAAGAAGGCGGUGCAGGAUGAGCUGAUAAAGCAUCACGCACUUUGCCGCGCCGAGAGUCGCAUCCGUCGGAAAAGGCUGCGCUACCAGCUGGAGAGAAUCGCCAGCAAGCGGCAUCUGUUGGAAGCUAAACGAGAGUUACAGCAGCUGGAAAAGGCCCUUCCUCCGGGGCCCGACAGCCCGGAGACUCCGGAGUUGGGAUCGGCCUCAAAGCUCAAAGGACGACCCUUUGUUUCUCGUAGACACUCGUUUUCGGCGGAUCUUUUGUCCCGGCUCUACCCGCAGAACACCCCCAUCUUCAGACAUUUCCUCAAGAGAAACAGAUCCACAGAACUAACUUUAAAUUCAUCCGCAACGUCUUAUCCCACUGACAACAGGGAGUGGGUUUCAGACGAGUGCCUUCCUCGGCCAAGGACCCAAAGUUGUUCCGGCUCUAUAUUCUCGGGACGAAGUCAGUCCGCUCGGAACAGAGCGAGCUCCUCUGAAAACAUCCGACAGACUGCGAAUGAGGAACCGCAAGCUCAGCCGUGCCUGGAACGUCCGGAGAGAAAACCUCUGUUGCCGAACCGAGACCUGACUUUUAAGAACCGAUUGGGACAGAGCUCAGCGGUUACACUGAAGUCACCACCUGGAACUACGUUGCUGCCAGUCAGCAAAGAAAAUGUACGCGGAUCCGUAACGGACAAACCCAGUUCUGAGAAUUACCCUUUAAUGAAUGUGAAAACGUCAUAUUGUACAGAUAGCAGCCAACAAGAAACCGUCGGUAAAUCUUUCUCUCAUUUUGUAGGGCCCAGUAUAAAGACAGCUCUGUCCAAAGUGUUCAGAAAACCUCCCUUAGGUGUAAAUGGACGAGUCCCCAGGCCUCUGGGGAGGAUAGCAAGUAAAUUCCACUUUAGACAAAGGAGAGACAAGAGCCUUAAAGAUACCAAAAUGAGUCAAGGCAAAUGCACCAUUAAAAGUGCGGUCUCGUGUGAGGCGCUUGACCAGAGGACUCCGUUUGAGAGCAUCAGACGGAGGCGGUGGCAUAGCACAGAGGCUCUGAUGAACAAGACUAGCAGAUGGAUAGACGGGCAGCAGGGACUGGUUGGAUGGGAAGAAGAGCAAGAGGACAGGGAUGAAGGAACGUCAGACUGCGAAAGCCUUUUCUCUCUUGAUUCUCUUUCCUCUGCUUAUGCGACAGCCCUGGCAGAGCAGCUGAGGCACGAGGAUGCAGCCCAGAGUGAAGCAGAGAGCGAAGACAGUCAGAUGUCUAAAGAUUCAUUGACAAUGGAGAACAGUGGGAAAUUCUCAACGGUGCUGAAGCUUAGCCAAACAGUGUUACCGACUUACUCAUUGGUGACUGAUUCUGUAUAUACAUCCAUGCAUCAUAAUAGGACAGCAGAGGCCAGAUUAGACUGGAAGAGCUGUCAGAAACCUCUUGUAAUGCCAGCAGAGGCAUAUCGGAGCCAACAAGCCUCCCCAAAGACGAGAGAAACCGAUACCACAGGAAAGCCUCCUUCUCAAAGCUCAUUAGUUCUAGAUUCCAGAGGCAAAGACUCUGUAUCUAAAUUGAUUGAGGACUUUGGGAACAUGCAGAGCACUACGACCAGCAGCCCGCGCUCUCUGAGCAGCUGCAGUGUGAGGGAGCCAGAAAACAUCCUGGCGCUCACUGAUGCCUGGUCCUCGGCCGAUGCAGCAGAUAGUCCCAGGAUUCCCAGAGAUUCUCUACCUUUUCAAAGAAAAAUGAUAUACCCGCACGCAGAGAGCGGCAGCAGCAGCCCCAGUCUGACUAGUAUGAAUCUGUCAGACUCACAGAGUGAAUCUAGAAGCUGCAGUUCUACCUCCACCAGCACAGAGGGUGUAAAUGUAACAGUAAUGAAAAACAGCCUUGUGGUUUCAAGGGCAAACCCAGAAUAUGCAUCAGAUACAUCAGAUCAAACUGAUUGUUUGUCACCACCUGAGAUUCCCCAGACCACACAAGUAAAGUCAAAUUUGCUUCAGGUCUUAGAUGCACCUAAUCUAGUGGUUGCUGACAUUACAAUGUCUUCUGACACUGAAAUGUGUACCUCAGGCUGUCAAUCAGUGACAUACCCCUCAGUUCAGGUAUUGGAUGAAGUGUCUGGUGCUGCCAGUCCCUUCAGAUCUUCCACUGAGGACGCACUAUGCAGUCUAGAUGGUGCAGCAGAAAAGUUGAGAGAUGUGUCGCAGGAUCUCUUUAGCAACACUGUAAAUGUGUCGCCUACAAAGAAUGAAACCAAAGUGACUGAGCUGUCCAUUGCACUGCAACAGGAAGUUGUUAAAUCAGCUUGUAAAAAUUCCAGGAAAAGGAACAAAGACCAACAGGACGCCUUUAUUGGCAGCCUGAAAAUUCCAAAAAGGAGCAGCAGCAGGGAGUUGGUAACUUUCUGCCGCACACCAGGUGACUGCCAGGAUGAUACUUGGCCUGACGACAACAAUAACACAAGCGACUCUAAAGGGGAACAGUCUGCAGAGGAAACGGACAGAGCUGAAUGUGAUUCUGUUUGUGUUGGUGGCAGCGUUGGACAAGAUCCGGUGGCUUCAGCUCCAUCGGCAAAUUCUGAUGUCAUGGGAAGGAAACUUGGGUCAAGUCGUAAGAUCUUUGGGGACUGUGGGAUUCAAUGUGGUGAAGAACGUUCACAGAGUGGAACUUCUGUGGGAGAUAAUAAGUUAGCUGAAAAAGGAGAUGUGACAGUGAAGGAAGUAUUUGCAGAUGAAGGAGAACCCCAGAUUAAUGAUCACAAAAAUCCUCAAGAAAGUAGAAAGCACAUAUCUAGGUCAGAGGCUAUAUGUAGUGCUAUUGAUCUGAGAAUCUCGGAAGUGGUAAAGGAGCACAUCACUGCCAAUCAAAGUCUGAACGCCUUGUCAUCUGCAUGUCAUUUUAGCUUCAACAGCAAUGAACAUAGAUGGAAAGGAAAACAGCAGUGCGAUGAAGGAGACGAUCAAGUCAAAGAAGGGGCGAACCUCAGUGGACAUCCUUUAGGAGAAAGAGUAAUAAGGCAAAAUACAGUGGGCGAAGGUGAACUCCUCGCAUCAAGCAUGACGGGCGAAAUGGGGACCAGCCGUGAGAGCAUAAUGCUUAAAUAUACUGAAGUAACACGAAAGAUUGAAAAAGCUCAUAUUUUAUGUGACGGAACGUCAAACGAGGCAGUCCGUGGUGAUUUUCAGAACUCAUCUUCUGAAAAUAGCAACAUUAAAUCCAGUUUGACCUUGAACAGCCGUGGAGGGUGCGAGCGCUCAGGCAACCCGUCUUUGCAACCAAUUAUUUUGUCCCCAGUGACUGAUUCCAUUUCAGCAACAAAAUGUAUUGAUUCUCAAGAACACACAGUGGAGAAAAAUGCUUCAUCUCGUGAAAUGAAAGGUGUGGGUAAACACGAAGUCAUCAGUAUUUGCUCAACCAAAGUGACCUGUUCAGACGUCCCCGCUUUGCAUGCCGACCUCAUCCCUGAACUCCCAGCUGAACACAGAAACCUGCAAAUGCCCCAUGAAAUACAUUUCACCACUAGUAACACCAAAGUGAACUGUGGCUGUACUGUUGCAGAGGAUUCGUAUCUGAAAGCAGAGUCCAGCGUUGAAAAUAAUUACUAUUCCAGACAAAACACUCCAGACAAGAUGACUCGACCCUAUUUUCAAAAUAGCCCUGAAACAUCAGGAGCUUUUAAGUUAGCAGCAGAUGAAAUGUUACAUCAGUUAAAAACAGACAAACCUCAUGGCAGGCAGAGUACUGAUGUCUGCAUGAAAGGGUUUUCUGUUCUGUUUUCUGGCUGUGAUAGAAGUGUUGAAACAGACCUCACAACUAUCCCAACGCAAGAUCAGGUCAGCUGUCGACAAACUCAGUCGGUUAACAUGGCUCAGACUUGCGUGGUCAAUAUGAAUUACAAUAACGAAUGCCCAAAUGUAUCAAAUUCACAGUGCACCUUUGAUGGAGAUGAUCAAAUGGACAGCAGAGGAGAUUGUGAAAUGAAAAGUGACAAAGAGGCUUGGACACACCCUUUUGUGCCCCAGGAUCAAGCAAAAUAUAUCUCUGGGUCUGUUCAAGAGCAUAAAAUACCCCAUGAACAUGACAUCAGAAAUAAAAACUGCUUUGGGUCUGAAAUGUCCAAUGAAGUCAAGAUAAGCACAGCUGAGUCUAUGCAGGGUAAUUCUGCCGUUAUACCUAAAAAGGCCAAGACCAAGAGGUUCAAAAAGUCUAAUGUCAAGCCUUGUCCCAGUUCAUCCUCUGACUCCUCUCUAAAGUCGUCGGAUGAGGAUGAGGAAGAUAACAAAGUCUCAAGAAUGCAUCACAACAGGCUGACGUCUAAAUGUGUUAAGAUGGGUCCCCAGACUAAUGGCAGACAAGACACAAUUUCUACUCCAGUGUCACCAAGAAAAUGUAAAAUAAAGCCUUCUUCUAAUCUGCAUUCUGGGAGAAACGAGAUUAAAUUCAGUAAAGAUUACGCCCAGAAAAGACACUCUUUUCCUCUUCAAACAGUGUCACAGAAGAUGAACGUGGAAAAACUCAGUCAAUACGCAAAGAGGAGCGAACCAAAGUCCCACGACUCCCCUAUUCAUUUCGCGUCCAGCGACAUCAACCCUUUUGUCCACCAGUGGCAAGAUGACGACUCAAACCAACACUGCUAUAAGAACCCGGCUUUCGGAAGUGCUGCCGACCUGUCCUGCAAGUCCCCGCUUUUAAACAGCUCUGAGAAACGUAUAACAAGGUGCUGCAGUGUUGAUAAUGGUUUGAACGGGCAGGAUUCUCCUUUCACGUCUCAUCUCAGCACGUAUGCCACCAACAAGGGGCUCUCCAGUACGCUUAGUAGUGUGGAAGAUUAUAAAGAACAAGCAGCGAAAACAUCUCCGCUCACGCCUUGUCAACAGGCAUCAGCGGAAAUUCGCAGUCGCCUUGCCGGUCUGACGAUAAGCAGCAACGCUCCUGGUGGUUUUGGCAGCAACUCCAGUCGGGUGGAUGAAAUCAUGUUUGUUUACUCCUCCGAGCAAGAAUCCCAGGCGACCAAAACAAACGUACAAAGGAGAAGAACUUGUGAACACAGCACUCAAACUGAGCAUGGGCUUCAGACGCUCGGUGGUGGCAACAGCAGUAGUGCGCCGAAGAGGAAAGAUCGUCACAAGAGGAGCCACACGGAUGUGCCCGUAUCGCAAAAAAACAAAGUGGAUAUCACAGAAUCUCCAACGUGGGCCAGUAUGGAAAGCAUGUCAGUUCAUAUCUCCAAGCUGAUCGACAGCACCUCGGACCUGCUGGGGGACGUCCAGGGAAUGAGGACGGGUGAAGUCCGCAAGAUCAUCCCAAGGAAGAGUAUCAACCUGUCAGACGUUAGCAUAUCUUCCAGUGGGCGUAACGACUGCACCAGGACUGACUGCUCAACUCAGACAGCUGCAGAUGUUUGGAUCCAGACGGAAAGGAUGAAGGAAGUGUCUGCCCAUCAUACACCGAGAGAAACAUCCCAUCAAGUCAAUGUGAUUGUCAAAGUGAUUGGUUCGGAGGUUGUCAGUGUGUCUAAGGACAAGGAUGUGCACUGCGUGGUGAAACCCGCAGCUAAUACAGAAGACGUGAAGAUACAGACUGUCCCUGUUGAAAUAUCCAGUGUGCAGGCUACACCUGAAUGUCAAAGACGUGUUAGAUCUGCUUCUUCUCGGGUCUCAAAGACGAGCGCAGUGGAGGCAGUGGGCCACAGAAGUAUAGCUGAAACCGCUUUCAGGUCAUCUAGGAAUUGCCACCAAGAAAAACGUGGCGCUCCUCUAACCAACCCCCUGAAGAAACAGGCCGUCUAUACAGACCGUGCAUCAUCUCCCAUUCUUACUGUGGGAACAAGAUUAUGUAUGAGGCAGAAAGGAAAACCAUGUACUCCAAAAUACAAUGACAUUAAAACAAAGCGUCCUCCUGAGGGAGACAGCCUUGCAGUUCCUUCUCUUUCAGAUGACAAUCAAAUAUUCAGGCUGGAUUCUGAUGUGUCUUUGAACACAUCUGAGUCGGUAUCGCUUGAGAAGGUGAGCGAAGUGAGUUGCUCGAGCCAUAAAGGAUCGGAUAAGUGCUCUUCGUGCCUUAGUCCAUCAAUGAAUAGACAUGCAGACACCGACAAGAGAAAUGUGAAGCAUGAAGACAAUGACGACCUUCAGCACUGUUCCAAAUGUCCAACAUCCUCCCCACAGUGGAAGGCUUCUACUUUGAAAAAUGCUUUGCAGAGCCACUUUCCUCCCAUAUUAAGACUAACUGAUGUGCACAAACCGCAAGCGUCAAAUUUUACAGGACCUGCUGCGGAUCCUGGGGAUUUCUGUGUUGAUUCUUGCAAUCAAUCCUUUGUCAGCGACAAGACUGAUCAGCUUCAAGAGGAUGACAUGGUCUCACUGGGCCCCAGUGAAUGCAACACGGAUGUCCUUGUGAACACCGAACCUGUCACCAGCGUGUUUCCUCGUCAAGACCACCGGAGAGUCCCAGAGGACCUGCCCAUGCACAACAAGUUCACCAACUGGUCAGGCGUUAGUAGCCCACGUUUAAAAUGCUCAAACAGGCCGACCGCUUUUCCUACCGCCGACCACAGCAAGAGCAGAAAGAGCGGCGACUGGAGCGAGAUGGAGAGUUUCGGUUCGAAAGUGGAGUCUGCGGCGCAGAGCGACAGGAGGUCGAGAGAGAUAGUGAAGCUGCGACAAGAGAGGGAGCAGGUGCUGGCGACGGUCAACCUCAACAUGAACCCGACACCUUUGACCGUGGAGCUGACGGAGGCCAAGCUUCAUUACGGGCUCGGGGAGACGGAUGCGCUGUUAAAGAUGCUGUCCCCGAGGUCCAAGGAAGAGCUGGAACCGGUGACCUCUGCUCCCACCAAACAGGAACUCUAUGAUCGGCAUCGCCGGAGCAUUGAGGGUUUGAGGCAGGAGAGAGCAGAGCGCCUCCAGACUUAUCGGAGGGCUCGUAGUCUGAGUCCCGGCAAACACGCUCACUCCUCUCCUCAAGAGGCCGUUCCUUCCUCCAAAGUACCCUCCGCCAUGCCCAGUCGGCGCAAGGACUACCUCCAGCGCCUCCGCCAAGAGGUGAUAGACAGCACCAGAAUACCAGAUCCUCCAAGAGGAGAAGGCCAGUAUCCGUCCGACAUCGAGCAGCUGCUGCGCGACUACGGCCGAGCGCGAGAAGAAGCCAUGACGGAGAUCGCGAAGGCACGAGAACGGCUGCGGGAGAGGACGGAGCUGGAGAAGAGGAGGCUACAGCAGCAGGCGCUGUCUAAGGAGGCCAAGGACGACCUGAGGCAUCGGACGAGAGUCAGCAGCAGCACCUUGUGCACAGGAUCCAGCCUGAGUCUUUCUUCUGGACCGACGUCGGGCUACAACAGCGGCAACACCACCCAGCUCCAGCAGAGUAUCAGACCGGUUCUAAAUGGACAGAUCGCAGGGGUCCAGGAGGAAGGGGUGCAGGUCAGGACACGCCCUCCUGUACGUGGUCCUCAGAGUGUGAAGACGCAGAGACCUUGGCUGUCUGCCCAGGACGUCCGCCUUGAGCCUCCAGUCGGCGGCUUUGAGCCACUGAUUACUUCUACUCCGGCACCUUUGACCCACGCACGUCAGCGCACCGCUUCGUUUGGCUCGUCCUCUUCCUUAUCCACAACCUAUCAGGACAUCACCUCCACUCUUCUCAGUCAAGCUCUGAGCGAGGUGCGAUUAGCUUCUUCUGGGGAUUUGAGCAAUCUGGUGAUGUGCAAAGCCGCAGGUGGCUGGAGGUACCAAGGAGAGGAACGAGGAAUCCAGGCCUACUACAAGCCCUCCUCCAGCCCGUCUGUGCACGGUUUCCUGGGGGUGGGCGAGGUGAACAGGCCCGUGGACGGCGUGUGGAACGUGAUCUGUCAGCUGUCCAAGAGCCACAUGUAUAAUCAGUCAGUCCGUUCUGUGUGGACACGACCACUAGAUGACAGCACUCAGCUUGUUUACAUAUUAACAGAUCCGUCCACCUGCCACCUCAGCCAGCCGCGGGACUUCUGCUGCAUCAGCGCCGAGUCCAAAAAGGGUGGCCUGUGUGUGCUGGCGAUGCAGUCGGUGUUCGAGGAGUCUCUGCCUCGUCCCAGCGUGGACGCCAUCCGGGGAGAGAUGAUGCCCAGUUGCUGGGUCCUGCAGCCACUUAGACGUAACGGACAGGAAGCCACCAGGGUCCUCUACCUGCUGCAGCUCGACCUAGGGACUCCGUCUUUCCCUCACCGACUGCUGAACACCGUCGCCCGGCGACAGGCGGCCGUCAUCGCAGAUCUCGACGCGUUCCUCUCUUCGUAAAGUCCGCAGGAUUACGCGGAGACGCAUCAGCAGUGAGCACUUAAACUAAACUGUCUCCGUCAUGGAGUUGGUCUUCCAGUUUAAAUUUGCACCUAAACUUUAUUUACUUGACAACUUGUAUUGUACGGGCACUGUUACGUUUAUAUCCAGAAACAAUAUGGAUGCAGCUUUUCUUGUCUUUUUUUUUUGUGAAGGUGUUUUUUUAUAAAGCAUUGAUGUUUUUAUGUAUAUUUGUACAUGAAUGCUUUUAACAAUAUUUUUUACCAAAGAUCCAUUAGAAUUUGACGUUGGCAUUAUUUAAGUUUAGAGUGGUUCUAGGGAGCAAAGCUAGCAAGUUUAGCCAGCUAAUCCUUUCAUUAAGUUGGUUGUAAUUCAUGCAAUGAUAAUUAGAUGCCAUUUAACUUAAAGCCUAUUCAUUAGAUGGUAUCUCUAGAUCCUCACCAUACUGUAAAAUGUUCAGUUAAGACAUUAAUUCAAAGUUACACUGAUGUACACUGUAUAUUUAAUUCACAACGUUUACUUUACCUAUUUAUGCACAGAUGCAACCAGUUCUGUUAAUGUUUCAAAUCCACCAACGCAACCACAUUCAAGUUCUUCCUCGUGACCCUGCUCUUUAGUUCUCCUCCGCUGCAUUUGUGCGUCUACAGUGUUUCCUCGGGCACUGCAUCUUCCACCGCUCUGUGGCCCUUAAUUCAGCAGAAAAUGAAUUUCAAAUGUCCCUCGGCGAGACAUGAAAAAUGCAUGUAAGGUAUGUAUUAGACGGUAGCAGCAUGUAGGCACACUCCACCUGAAGGAAUUCUUAGAAAUGGUUCUGCUAGCCAGGAACUGUAAUGUGUAUUUUAUCUGUGUGAGCGCUGCAAAUGUUAACCAGGACUGUGUUUAUUAACAAAACCGGGGGGUGUGAGGAGGUUUUUUUUUUUUUUUUGGAUGUAGUGAGUAGGCAGAUGAACUUGGACACACACACACAUAAAGACACUGCUUCACCCACCGUGGUGAACUUGUUCUCGUCGGUACCCCCAAAACUGCAUAAGUUAUUUCCACUUGUUUCUGAAGUCUUUAUAUAUUUAUUUUUGCCUCUCCUGACUUCUGUUUGGAACGCUGUUGAAUGUGUUUUUUUAGUUUGAGAUAGUUCUAUCUUUUUUAUGAGCGAUGCACAGAGCUGUGUUUACAGCUGCUUGCACAAAAAAAAAAAAAACUUUAUGCAUUUAUUAUUAAUUCUGCAAAUUAAAGAGAGACUUUCUUUAUUUGUGCGUGUACGGCGUUGAUACUAUGCAGAAGCUGAUAUCAAAGCUGGGUUCACCUGUGCCCGCGUAUGAAGCCAUAUUGUGUACACUAGCUGAAGAUUUAGUUUGUUCCUGAACGAACCAAAGACAAAAAAGACAAGUGAAGGGACGCACGGGCAAGUUUUUAUACUGAUUUUUAUACUGAAGGGCUAAUUUGUUGUGUUUAAAAAACAAGACAAAAAAAAAAUGUUUUAUUUAUGUUUUGGUCAUUGUGCUGAAUAUGUAUUAUAUGCUAUUCUGUUGCUAAUAAGCUGUUAUGUGGCCUUUUUUUUAUAUAAAACCAUUAAAUAUUUUUAAGGGAAA